AUGGAGGGAGGGCGGCAGUCCCGAUUACUCAGUAGACUGCUCGGCAGGCUGCGCGGCGACCAUCGCUACUCUACGUUGGAUAAGAACAUAUCUCUAACGUCGACCGUGGAAAGCACAGGCUGCAGCACUAUGAAUGAUGAUGAAGAUCUGGACGUUCCCGUCAUGACUUCGACGAGUACAACCAAUAGCCCAAUGGAUGCUAAUCAGUUUGCUGCAAACAUUGAUCUUAGAUACGGCGGCCAGUACUUAACUCCCGAGCAGCUUCCAGAGUUCUGUGAUCAACUGUACCACCUGGUGGAAAUAGUCAGAAACAUUCAAUCUUAUUCAGAAAUCACAGGAGAAUAUCCUAGUGAACUGAAGCGAAGAUUAGAGCAAGAAGCUCGCGAGGUUGCGUCAUUAGCAGCAGAAGCUCGCAAUGCACGCGAUGUCGUGACAAGGACCCGCGCGCAACGUCGGGCAGUGCGCGCAUUCAAGAAGCAUCUUGUCGCACAUCUGGCUAGCAUGAGGGAAACCGAGGUCCGCGAGCUAGAAAGUACUGUGAGACUAUCAGAUCGCAAAUUGUUCAAGAAUUGGGAGGUCCUCAAAGACUCUACAGAUCCUGCAGUUUUCGACCCUUUGCUAGAGGAAAUACGGAACAAGCAAACCGCAUUGGAAUGUUUAGUGCGACUGAUAGAAAACCGCAAGAGUAUCCUUGCCCGUGCCGCACCUCUACCGCAACCGCUGCCACCACCGCCACCGCUGCCGAGAGAACAAGAUGACGAAUCCUCGACUACUACGGGCAGAAGACGGCAAGACAACCGCCGACCGAGUAGCAAGAGACGCCGCAAAGAUUCGACAAGAGAACCGAGAUCAGUACCUUUAUCCAAUGAAAACAGUAGACACGGGCCUCCUCCACAAGUAACUCUGUAUAUUCAAGGUGGAGAAAAUGCGCAGCGCUGUCGCGUAGGUAGCGCGGGCGCAGUCUCUCUUACGCCCCUCGAAUUUCCAUCGCGUGGUAGCGUCAGGGAUAUACUGUUCUUCACUACCAAUUGA